AUGGGUGGCGGUGGCCUUGGCGGCAUGGGAGGCAUGGGUGGCUUCGGAGCUACCAUGGGCGGCAUGGGUGCCAUGGGUGGCUUUGGAGCUACCAUGGAGACCAUGGGAGGCAUGGGUGGCUUUGGAGCACCUCCGGGCGCCAUGGCUGGCAUGGAAGGCAUGAGUUUUGCGUCUCUCAUCGGAGGCAUGGGUGCACCUCCGCCCGCCAUGGUCGGAAUGUCUUCCGGUGUGCCUCACACACCUUCCCAUGAAGAUGCCGUUGAAGAUCUUGCCUACACCGUCCGAGCUUCACGUGAUGCGGCGCGCGACAAUGAUGAAGAGGAGGAGGAAGAAUCGUCUUCGGAGGAGUCGGAUGAAUCGGAGGAAGAUGAGGACGAGUCUUGA